CGGAACAACGUUUUGCAUUUGUGAUACAGUUUAGCCGAGUGAUAGCUACUCACAAGAUUGAAUUGAUGAUGUAUCCGUCCCCAAUUAAAGUGAUAUCAAAAGACGAGAGUAAUUCGGUAGAAUAGCUUCUUUAAAAACAUGCUUGUAUACACAAUGUUAACAGGAUAAUAAUCACGCACAAAUGUAAUACGCGAUUAAAGAUAGUCCGUUUUAGAGGUCUCUCACACUCCAAUCAACUACGCGCUUUCCCUUCUUAUCAGAAUUAGGUCUACGAAUAUUGAAUAACAACAGAACCACAUAUGAAUAGCGCCAAUUUAUAGUACAGCCUUACGCUCGACUGUAGAAAACGGAAAGUUGUUCUGUUUCAAUCUCAGUGCUGCUUUCCUACCUCAGUUUAAUACUAAAGAAGUAAAUGAAAUGAUAUCCUACUCAGGAGUGGUAAUUGGGAAUGAGUCUGAAGCCGCGGCGUUUGGAGAUGCUCACAGUCUUACUGAUAAAACCAUUCAUGCAGCAGCCAGGUAUAUAGCUGACUUACCAUUUGUUGAUGGAAAAAAGCGUAAACGACUGGUCAUUGUAACACAAGGGAAAGAUCCCAUAAUAUAUACGGAUUCUACUGACCCUACCGUUCAUCAAUAUGUUGUAGAGCAGUUGAAAAACGAAGAAAUGGUAGAUACAAAUGGAGCUGGUGAUUCCUUUGCUGCCGGAUUUAUUGCAGAUUAUAUACGUGGUAAGCCAAUGAUCACGUCACUGCAGUCCGGUGUGAGAGCUGCAACUUAUAUUAUACGUAGAUCUGGCUUUUAACUCCGCCUGGAGUCCCUCCGGGGGCUAC